CUCGGAGGGCGGGCCCCGCGCUCGAACGCCCGGCGGGAGGAAAUGGCGGUGCGGCGGCAGCUGCGACAGCUGUUCCAGGAGCCGCAGGUCGCCGGGUCCAUUGUGGUGGAGCGGGCGCCUGCCCCCGCCUCUACCGCCUGGAUCCCGCCGCCGCCGCCGUCGUCUUCCUUGCCGCCGUCGUCUUCCUUGCCGCCGUCGUCUUCCUUGCCGCCGUCGUCUUCCUUGCCGCCGGCGUCUUCCUUGCCGCCGGCACCGGCGUCGCCGCCGCGGCGGCAGGGUCCACUGCCGGAGGAGUGCGCCGUGUUCCACUGCCGCGGCUGCUGGACGGUGCUGGGGGACUCGCUGCAGCUGUGCGGGCAAGAGCCGCCGGGGCUCAGCGUCCUCAUCUGCUUCAAAGUCACCAGCGAUGUGACCUGGGAGGAUUCUCUGUUGGUCGGCCUCGAGGGAGCCCUCCUGGGAUGUGCUUAUUAUUUAUUAACCUGUCGGUCAUGUGGCUUGACCUUGGGCUUCAUUCUUUAUUCUUCUGGCAGUGACCUGGCAUAUCUCCGAGGCUUGUUCUGUUUCUUCAAGGACAGCAUCAUGUGUUACCUCUUAAAAAGCCAAAUGAUUAUAGAAGCUUCUAAAGUGAAUUUUCCAGCUGUGACCUUAAAAGAACAAAUGGAGAAAGUGAAAAAUAAGCUUGUGGAGUUCAGUGGUCGCAUGGAAUUAGUGAUGAAGAAGCUGGAGAAACUGGAACAAAAUAAUUAUGUAACAGAAUGGCAAAACUCUUCACCAGAUCCAGAUGACCUACAGGCAGGAUAUGCAAGAGUUAAUGCCAACUAAUACCCAUUUUCAAGAACUGCUGGAGUUGUUUCUGCAUCUCUGCUGAGUUUGCUCAUUAUGAUGAAAUAAUGCACCAGAAUGGGUUUGAGUGUUGAUCUGUCGCUUUAGCUGUGUGUGCAAAGAACUGAUGAUGAAGUGCAUCCCUUCAGGGGAACACGUGAAAAUCUGACGGACUGAAGUUACGCUUGAAGACUCAAUAGCUCACCCAUGCAGCACGUUGCCCUCUGAGGCUGUGUAACUGUGACUUUGGUUUUUCUAAUGACUUCAGGGGGAAAAACAGCCUUUGAAAUACUACAGUCAGAUUUCUGGAGCUACAGAAAACAAACUUAACAAGGUGAUGAUAUUCAAGAACCACUAUUACAAAUUGAACAUUCUUCGAGACACUAAGUUCGUGUCCUACCUUUUAAUACAGAUACAGCGUUAAUGGCAGCCUUGGUUUUAAUGGCAGCUAGUUUUUGCUUAAGUGGCUCAUUAGCUACAUCUCAUAUGUGAGCCACUGCUAAAGGGACUCCUGAGUAGUUUUUAGAUUUGCCUGUGUGUGUUGCCUGCAAAAGCAGCAGACAAGCAUGUCACAGUUGGUGCAGUGUUCUUAGUGCAUGAGUCUGGAUGGCACCAUGUGGUUCCUGUGCAGGCAGGAACACAAGGUUUUGGAUUUCAGUUAAAGGGCAACCCAUGUGGCUGCCAAGUCUGCUGAAGUGCAGCCCCAUGGACAGGACUGAGUCAACUUCUGCCAGCUAAGGCUGUGAGAAACUGCCUUGAACAGAUUUGAGCAUUUCUUUCUGGGACUUGAACUGUGAAACCAAGGAACAGUCUUCUGCACAAUUGUGGAAGCACUGCUUUCUUGAAGUUAGGAUUUGUCUGUUGCCUUCAAUUGGCCAGUUGUUUCAUAAAAAAAACCUAAUGGGUACUCAUGGUUCAUUGGCAUUUCUCACUGUUGCAAAUUGGUUCUGCUUAUUUCCAAACAUUUAGAAAAUAAUUUUACAGUAAAGAAAGCACCACUUACCCUUUGUUACUGGGUCAGUAACAAAUUCCAACAAACAAUUCUUGUUUGUUGGAAGGUAAAGGGCCACUUUCCUCUCCCUUUUGCUGCCUAAAGGGCUAAUGUUUUUUCCCUAGAGGGCUAAUGAACUUUAUGGAAAGUUUAGUAGUUGUCUCUUGCAGUCUAGAGAGGAUUUUAUUUACUUGAUCAGAUUAAUUCCAGUAAUGCAAAUUGCCUUCUACUUCCAUAUAUAUGACCAGCAGGUUGCAUACCUCAUUGCUGCUGCUGCCAGUUCUCCCUGUUUGUCUUAUUUAUAAAAUAACUCAUAAUGGGCUUGGAGUAGAGGGGACAAAACUCACUGUAAGGCACCUUAGAGGUUUGAGGUAGGCAGCUGGUACUCAGGCUACUACUGUUACUCGCUGUGCUGCUUUUUGUUUGGGAGUUCCAUAUGGGCUCAGUUCAUCGUGGUAAGCAAAACCAUGGAGUAUCAGCAGUCAUUGUGCAUGGAGAGGAGGGACUCUCACAAAUUCUAAUACCACCUCUGUAGUACUUCCUGAGUGACAGUGCUUGUGUUGUUGCAUGAGUCUAAGAAUACGUCACUGAUAUGGGACUACUUGCUUUUGCCCUUUCAUUCCAGUUUCUGCAUUGAGACUGUUUCUUGCUAUAGACUUUAUGUCUAUACUAUGAAUAAUAGUGCUAAAUUGUUUUGCUUCAUUAGUGUUGAUCCCUAAAAGAAAAAGAAAGCUGUCGGUUACAUUUUUGUUUUAUAUUUAAAAUUAUGAAGAAGGAACUUCUUAAAUAAAAGCUGAAAUUCAGAAAUUCAUAUUUUGCAAAUCAUUGCCAAUAUCACGUGAGUCCUAGGCCUACUUUUCCUUUGAUUAAUUUUGCAGAAGGAAAAACAUCACUUUAUCUUGCUUGGGUCCUGGUUUGUUAUGAAGCAUUAAAGUAACGGUUGCUCAAAUUAUAUUACUUAGCAUGAAUUUAAAUAAAUAAUGAGUAUGUGCUGAAGAAUAGCUGGUAAAUUUUUAAACUACAUUUCUGUAAUCUUUGAAACUGGGAGGACCUUUGCCAACCACAGAAGAAAUUUUUCAGAAAUGUAGUCACCAAAACAAUAUGAACAUAUAAAAACCAGUUUUCUGAGGGGCCUGUUACUUUUAGGCAAUCCAUGCAAGCAACAGAGGGUUUCUGCUACCCUCUAAAACAACCCUUGAAGCUCUUAACUGCUAAGCUGCACUUCUUAGAAUGAGUGGAAUAACAAUUUUUAUUUAAUUGCUGUCUAAGUCAGGAGCUAUUCUGCCUGAAGUCUGCUGGGACAGCUGGCCCCAAAGCAGAUAUCCAGGAUAUAUGAAUUCAGUUCAAGUUGUUGAGUUUUGACAAAGCUACAGCAAGUACACUGCAGAAGUGGAGUGGAGUGUAUAGUAAGUUGGUUAAUUUCUCUUCUGAACAGAUGACACAUCCAGUUUUAGUGCAUUCUCAGCCUGUGCUGCUUUAUUGCUAAAAAAAUUUGUAUACAGGUGCAGAGUUUCCAGGUUCAUUUUUAAACAGUUCCUCUUUACAGUGUCAAAAGAAUAAAAUCUUAUCUUGAAAUCCUCAAAGAUGCAUAGAUAUAAAAGCAAGCUGCCUUUU